GCACGGAGCGUGGAGCCACGGAGCCACAGAGCCAGGGAGCACGAAGAAGCUUCGAAGAAGCGACGCUUAAGCCGAGCUCGGAGAUUUUUUCCGUAACGAAAAAGGCGGCUUUUUAUUCGUUAAUUAACCGUCGAGCGGGCCAGAAGUUCGGCUCGGGGGCUCAGGGCGUGAAAACCGCUUAACGGAAGUGCAGAAAAGUUGGUAGCUAAUUGAGCACACACCUCUGGGUGACACCUGACACUCGGACUGGUAGCUCGACAGCAAGAUAGCAGACAAAAACAAAUCGAAAGCGACGCAGCUGCUCUAUAUUCCAGCUCGAACAGAGGCAGGCAUUUAAGCCACAAGAGCUGGUGGCAGGCCCUGCACUUUCGCUCAGUGUAAUUGUAACAUAACUUUCUUGGAGCGCCGGUCGAGUGCGAGAGGGCCUCGAGUGCGGGCCGUCUUAAUUUGUCGCUGCAGUUGCCUUCGAGCCACUCUGCCGCUCGCUACCUUAGCCCACUUGGCUUACCUGCUUUUUGAACUUUUUUGGCGUGUUUUGGCGCGUGUGGCGGAGAGACCCAGACCCAGAACCGAGCGGGAUGGGCGCAGUGAGUGAUUCGAAAUUUAUGCUAAUCAGUGGCCAAGUAAUUAAUGUGCCGUGUGUCAAAUGUUAACAGCAUUUCGCAAUAAGCCAUCGAGACAAGGGAGAACUGAAAGACGCCUAAUUCAACACCCGCAUAACCUCAAAACGUGAUCACAUAACGAAACCAAUCAGCGAUCAGAUCUUAUCAGCUUCCAAAAAAGUAUAAAAACAAAUAUGUUGUUUUGGAAGCGUCUGCACCGAUCGAGCGACUCCCCAACGACGACAGGUGCGUCGUUCCAGGAACGUCGUUUUUUUGGCAUCCUACGUUCUGCGAAAAGGAAGCAGGUUGCCACACCUUUGCCCGCAUACCGCCAGGAGACUGGCUCCCCAGCUACCCCUCCAGAAGAUGGCCUGCCACUGGGCCUUGAAGCUUCCCGAACAUUAGAGCCGCAGGCCCAGGAGAACGACUACGUGCUCGAGGAGUCUGUCCGGAGAGGGCUUCUCUUACCGCCGCCCCCUCAGUACCCUCCCUACCCCUGCCAUUUGCCACUUACUCCGCCUCCCAGCUACACAGAGCGACCCCGCCAAGCAGCGGUAGAAGUCGUUGCCCGUCCAGUACCGUUAGCGGGUGCAGUGCAUCCAACGGCAGCCGAGUUAGCAGCACGCCAACAGGCACGACGAAGGCGCCGUCUCCGGGACUUGCAGCAGCAGCAACAGCAACUCAGAUUUGCGUCCAGCACUGACAGUUCCAGCAGCUCCGGGUCCAGCAGCUCCGAAUCAAGCAGCGGUGGCAGUGGGCACAGACGCCGACAACGACGCAGGCGAGGAUUGAGAGAUGCCUAUUGUCCGGACCUCCUGCACGCCUGUUCCCUGAUUCUUCAGCAACCCAACGGCAGCAGCUCUAGUUCGGUGGGAAACUUCACGGCCACUCCACCGCCACCGGCGCCUUUGGAGCCGGAGAGCGUUGAGUACAGCUCGGACUAUGUGGAGAUCGACGAGCUGCUUCCAUUAGUCGCCGCCGGGCGGGCCAAGAGCACUCCCCAACUGGCGAUGGGUCAGAACCUGAGCCUCCGCCGUCCGCGCAUUUCAUUGACCUGGGUGCUCCGAGAACAGCAGCAGCAACAACAGACUCAGCAGCAGACACAGACCCCGGCAGGUCCUGCAACGCCACAAAAGGAGCCUCCCACAGAUGCAGUGGAAAAGCAACCCGCCGAAAAACUGUUACUGCCAGCCAGAACCGAGCCGGUGCCGACGCAGCUGGAUGUCUCCAAGAAGCGGUACAGAGUCAAGCAGUUGCCUGGCGGCGGGGAACCGCUCAAUGGCUAUGCCACCACGCCCACCGCCCACCAGGCCCCUCCAAACGGUCAUCUGACUAACCAGAAGUUUUUUAGCAACCAGAACCUGCUGGACGUGUCCAGGAAUGGUCCUUCUGCGGGGGCACCUGUGGCCACCGCCGCUUCCACCAAAGAAUUGCUCUUCGUGUGCACUCCUCAGAGAGCGCCGCGGAGCGAUGGCCACAGCGAAGCCCUUCUGCUGGCCAGAAAGAGAAACGAGAUCCGCAAAAAACUGGCGUCCCGACUCCAGCAAGCGCGAUCGCAGGCGAGCGAGACCAGGGGCUCGGUCACAGGGGCGGAGUCCCUGAAGUGCACCUCCUACUCGGAGCCCAGCUUGGUGGCAGCCUCGGAGGGAGGAGGGGGAGCGACCAGCGGAGGCGGGACAGCAGGUGCCCCCCAGCAACCACAGCAGCAGCGGAGGCAUCGCCACCGAAAGCGCCGGGAUCGCAAUCGAGUGCAACGCUUCGGCUACGAGAUCCAUAACGUUGACGAGUUCCUCUCACGCUGUUCCCUGGCUACGCCUGGAAACAUCCCGGUGGUCCUGGCAACAGCUAGCACCCUCUACCAAACGCGCCCUGGUGGCUACCAGCUGGAGAUUCCCCUGCCUCUGGGCAUGGUGGUGAAUGCAGUGUUCAAGAACCAGAACUGGCUGUACGUCCAGACGCCGCACGCCGAGGAGGGAUAUGUGGGCUACACCUGCUGCUUGCCUUUGGGUAUCCUGCCUCAACAGGCUAGGAAUGGGUCCUCCAGAAACACCCCCUGUUGGGAGUCCAAUGCAGACGUCUUUCCCCGACCUUGCGGCAACAUGACCGACUCCGAGAAAGAGAUCCGCUUGCGGGGAGGCACUCGAUCGGACGGUGCUCGCACGCCACGUAGUACCAAGCCUGCUCAGGAUGAUCUGCUGAAGAUCAGCAGCACCACCAUUAACAACAACAACCAGCACCACAGCAACAACAACAACAAAAGCGGUAGCACCGCCAGCUCCCUCUACGGAGAACAACAGGUGGACAAGCUGUACUUGAGAGCGGCAUCCAAGCCGCGCCUGGUGGAGAAGGCCUACGCCCAACUGCGCUCCACGCGGAACGUUACUUCUGGAUCAGUUUCUGCCAGGAGCGCGGCCUCCCAGGACGAAUACGUGACCCUGCAGCAGAAAUCGGCGACCAAACCGUCGCAUUCCAAUCCACCACCUGUCUCCCAUCUGCACCAGUCCCAUCCCACGCGUCGGCUCUCGAACGUCUCCUCAUACAUCACCAACGGCCAGAACGGCCAGCAUCUGCACCCUCAUCCCCAUCAGCAUCCGCAAUCGGCCCCCCUGCCACCAUACAAGCCGGCCAAGAGUCAGGCCGAGUCGCUCCGACUCCUCCGGCAGCAACAGCAGGAGGAGGUGGGCCAGCGGCAAACUCUAGUCGCUAUCAGCACGGACUACAUCACGGAGAGCAUCGCCGUGCACAAGGGGGAGAUUGUGACGUUGUGCGACUGCCGUGAGUCCAAGGACCAGAGGCAGUGGUUCUAUGUCCGGACGCGGGACGGACGAGAGGGCUUCAUUCCCGCCGAGGUGGCCGGACACGGAUACCUGUAGAUUGCUUAAGCGUGAACUUACGAAAAACUAAAGUUUAGGCCCUCAUAGUCCCACUGAGAUUUCAUUAAAAAACUAAACAGUCCUCCAGGUGCCCCACCGCACCUCGGAACAAGUCAAGCAUUAAAAUUAAUACAUUUAGCUAACCAUUAUAGACACUCGUAGGCCCAGGCCCUUCAUUCGCGCUCAUUAGUACGCUUCUAGUUAUAAACUGUAAUCAUGUACGUAUCGGUCGUUGUCUGUAAUUUAAAAUUGGUAUUAGCGUGUGAGUGUGUCCAUGUGAAAAUGCCCACAGGAUUUAAUAUUUAUCCUUUGUAACAAUAAGACCACAAGUCCAGUAGAAGAAAAACCUGCUAAGCUGAAAUCAAAGACAAAUGCAGCGAAACCCUUUUUGUAACAUUAUUGUACUUGAUGCUUCUCCUAAAUAAAAUGAACCGAUAUUGAAAUAAAUAUUUAAACACAUAAAUAAAAUGUUUCAUUUUAAAAAUAUCAAUAUUCACACUUCUUCCAUGCGAGAUUUUGACAUAGAAAUAGCUUG